CCUUCAUCUUUGGAAAGGAACUACGGAGCAGGUGGAGGUAUGAGUCACUCCCCUGUGAUUGGUUCCGGUGUGCAAGAGGAAACGAAUGGGGUGGACACAUCUGAAUCUCCUGAGGCCUGCCAUUGGUCAACAUCUCAUGGAUCUGCCCCACAAGUGCUAAAGAAUGGGGGCGGGGUGCUAUUUUCUGAUCGAGAGCCUCAUGAAGGAUUACCUGACAUCUCAGAGACUCACCCAUCACACAACUCUGUACCCAACCAGAAUUCAGAGUACAGAGAAACAGAGCACACACAUUCAACACUCCACCCAGACAGAAAUACACUCAACACACAUGCACCCGAUGAAGGCGCUUUGCCCACGCAUACGCUUCACCCUGAAAACUUAAAAAUAAACGAAGCAAUGCUCCAAAACACACUUCGCACGGAUUCUUCACCCAAAAACAGGUCACACGUUGACACACAGGUCUCAGACACGCCAAAGCAGAAAACGGCACACUCAGAACCCAGCUCUUUGCCAUUGCAGGAUGGACUGAAUAAAGAGAGUAAGGAAGAAAAAGAGAAGGAUGUGAAUGAAGUAGAAGAGAACCAACAGAGAAUUUCCGAAGUCCCAUCUGAGCUAACUGGAAACCCUUCAUCAGAGGGCCCAGUCGCCUCAGCAGUUUCAGUCUCACCCACCGUAUCAACCACUCCCCCUGAAUCAGCUCCUCCUCUGGUACCGGCCCCUCCCCCUGCGUCGGACCCCGCCUCUGUCCUUCCCGAUCCUGACGAGUCUCAGUGCCCGGCUCACGUCAUGGCGGAGGUGCGCGUUCGCGGCAUGCCGGAGAGAGAGCGCGUGGUUCGGGGCAUGCAGGACAGCAAGAGCCUGGACGAGAUCAGCGGAGCGUGCGGCGGGCACCAGCGGGGCGGGGCCAGGGGAGGGCAGGCGGAGGGCCGCAGGGCCACCAUAUCCAGCGCCCUGGAGCUGGAGGGCACAGUCAGCCAUGACGGAGACCUGACGCACUUCAUCACGAAAAACCUGGAGCAGAAGAUCAAAAUGAGCUCGCGGCCAAGCCUGGACUGCGACUCUGAUUGCUCAGGACCGGUGGUUCGUGGCAGAGGGUCUUUUUUACGCCGUCCGGCUGAUAUCCCUCCAAUCGAUCCGUCAGUUCUGCUGGACCUGCAGAAACACACACAGGACGUGGCCCAGAGCGUGGAGAUGAUGAUGCGCAGCCUCAACGGAACCAUCCAGAACAUGACAGCUCUGAGUGUGGGCUAUAUUCAGACAUACAGAGACUCAGUGGACAGUUUGGGGGAGUCAGUGGACAUGAGUAUAAAGGGAAUGUACACGCUGAUGGCGCGCUGUGAGGAGCUGGAUCGUUCCAUGCAGCCUAUUCACUCCCUAGCCGCCCAGAUCAGAGAGAUCAAACGCACCCUCGACGCCCUGGAAACGCUGUGCAAGUAACUCCGCCCUCCCUGGAGGUGUCCUGGAAAAAAAAAAGCCACAUCCUUUACUGACGCUCUGUGGGGAGACCGCGCCGCCUGGAGUUGCUGAAUGGGUUAAGCCACGCCCCCCCCUCUGUGGAUGCUCUGUGAUUAGACUCCGCCCUCUGCAGACACUUUGCUAAUAAUCAUGCAGCUAAGUGAAUUUGCUAUUGAAUCAUGUCUCUCGGAAAUGCUCAGCCCAUUAGAAACAGCCUGCCUUUAGCAACUCCCCUUUGAAGAGAUUUACUCUGUGCCCUGUCCUGCUGUGACCACUCCCCACUGGAAUGAUGACAAUGUACAAAAAAAAAACGCUCUCUGUUGGGUCACGCCGUCCAGUGCUCUGUACCUUUAGGGGGCGCUCUUUCCAA